UCUAAUUGAAAUCUCUUACUUGAUGUAAUAUAAGGCUGAUUACGAUUAUAUGGCUCAUAGAUACCGUAAUAUUUCAAAGGUAUAACAGCUUACAUGAAAAUAUGAUAUUACCAAUCGCUAUAAUUGUUAUUACUCAAUCGUUUGGCACACAGGGAGCCAUGAACCUAGUUCUCGAGGAUGCCGAUUGUCCGGUUUACGAUGAAGAAUAUUUCAGAGAGCCUGAAACUUAUGUAAAUGAUGAGAAUGCAUGGGUUGUAAACAUGACACUAAUUAAGCCACUUUUGAUAGAAACUCAAGGACAUUUCUCAUUAAUAGGAGCAUCAAUGGGUGAAUAUGUGGUGAAUACUGGAUUCGAUGUACGGAUGAGCUUGUGUGAUUUCAUUGCGGAACCUAUUAUAAUAGGUCGUGUUCUUCAGGGUCUGGGAUUUUCUGAAGACCAUUGUCCACCUGGCAGUGGUCUUUAUGGAACUGAAGGUUAUAUAUUUCCAACAGAUACAUUACCAGAUGAAUUCCCACCUAAUAAAUACCUGGCGGCAUUUGGUUUAUCGUACGAGGAGAAGCCAAUGAUAACAUUCCAAGUAUACUUCAACUCCCAAUAAAAGACCCAAUACCGGAACGCUGAAAUAGCCUUGUCCCAAUACGAGGAUUCGGUUGUCCUAAUACCGGAACGGUAAAUGAAAUGAGUUAUUUUUUGCACUUAUUCAUAGUGAAAAUAUCGACAAUUAUUAAAUAAUAUUAAUGUAAAACGAGUGUGAGUGUAGCAGACAUCGGACAACUUCAAAAUUAUAAAUAAAUAAGAUAAAUAAUUUAAAAAAAUAAUAUUUAUAAAAAAAGGAAAAGGUGGCAUAAAAAAUAAAAAUUCUUCAUAUGUAAA